UCAGGUGAGACGUGAGUUGCAAGCUAUGGUAGUUGUGACUUCAACACCGGGAGAUUCCGAUACUGAUCAGAAAACAAAUGAUUUAGAUGUUUUUGAGUCGUCGUUCUGGGAGAGCUACGAUGCAAUUGACAGAUGCCUCAACAACAAGACCGAGAAAGUUUGUAUCUCAUAUGGACUGUGCGCAUUAUCAACGAUUUUGUCAGUCUUCGCGUGUCUGCUUCUGACUUACCAAAGAUGCUACCUGAGAAAGAACGUUACCGUCAACGCUGCCACCUGCGCAAUGUAUUGUUUCUUUGGCAAUUUAUGUCACAGCGUGGGAGCGUUUCUCUCCAAGCAGAUGUCUUUUCAGGUGUUAAUGGGCGCGCUUUGGGCUGCCCUGGAUGUGAUCUCCGUGUUUGCUGUGUUGCUCUCCAUCUGCAUAUCCCAUCAUUCAGAAAAAGGGAAAAGGAUGAGGAUGCUGAGGAAGAGGAGAAGGCAGAACCUGCUGAUGGUGGUGCUGGUGAUGAUGGUUGGCGGGGGCAUUCAUUUUACUACAGAGAGUCAUUUGCAUACACUUGGAGAAACAUCUGCCCACCAGAGAAGACUUUUAAGUGUUUUUACUGAAGGCAAAUUGGGACACCUCGGCUACAUACUUGGUCUGUUGAGUUUUGUGAUCAGCUGGACAUCCCGUUUUCCAACUAUUCUGGAAGCGUACAAUAGAAAGCAAAGAAGUUCGGUCCAUGCUGUGGCCGGGAGUUUGUUUGCAGUGGCUGGCGGCCUUUAUACAGCGGCCAUCUUGGUUUAUGACGCAAAACUUGCAUUUGUUGUCAAAGCCCUGCCCUGGAUCAUGUCCUCAGCCUGUCUGGGAGUUCUGGAACUUCUCAUUCUGCUCCUCUCCCUCAGAAGGUGGAGGUCUGGCAGUCAUCUACCAUUGAGGUCUGUCGGCUCAGACAGAGAGGCCCUGAUAGAAGACACCUGUUACGGUAGCAACCACACAAGAAAAAGAUCAAGAAAGUGCAAGGAUGCUUUUAUGGCUAACAAUAAUUUACCCAAAAGGUCUGACAUGGGACACUACAUGGAUGUUACCGUGCAGCCUGUACGCAAGGUGUGUCUGAAGGAGGUGAAGAUCUCUCGUGAGGGUCAGUCUCAGAACGAGAAGCUGAAGAGGACUGUGAAAGUGGUCAGGGUAGACGAGACCUGCUCAGUCAGCUCCUCAGACUUUUCCACAUUCAACUCUGACCUCGAGUGGGAUUUCGAAGAAGCUGCGUCCUUGCAGGGCUGCAAAGUGUCAGUGAAGCAGCAGGACUGGGCAGAGGCCUUUCCACUAGAACAGUGGACAGGGACGCCAGCCACAGCCAGCUCAUUCAGCACCAGGCCAGCUCCAGCUCCAGGUACCCCUACCCCCUGCUGCUGCGAGCUCAACACGGCCACGGCAAGCCACAUGCCAGGAGAGGUCGAUGGCAAGACUGAGGCCAUCUUGGAAAAAUGACCAAAGACACUCCGUCUCCGAGUCACCACGAUGGCAGAGAUGGUUGAUGGUGUACACCAUACUGACAAUCUUUGCAACUUGGGCAUGACUGCCACUACACUACUACCACCAUACCAAAUGUUUUGUCUCAUAACAGCAGAGAUCAGCAGAACACACCCUUGGACUGUCAGACAGUUACUGCAUUACAUUGUACAAUAAAAGCAAUUAUAUUGCUGUCAAAUACGUUAUUGGUGUCUCACAUGUCUGUGUCAUUAAAAUGCUUAUCUUCAAACACUGA